AUGUCUGCAAACGUGGUAGCAGCCAUCAAUCGCUGCCAGAACCUGAGGCAACUCCGCUUGCAAGGCAGCAUCGGCGUCCCUGUAGCCAAAGGGAUAGCGAAGGCAUUGGAAUCCAAACCCACUUUGGAAAGGGCCAAGUGGAAGGGGAUGUUCAACGGCCGCCUGGAGCGAGAAAUCCCGGUAGCAUUGACGCACUUGGUGGAUGGUCUGCGGCUGGCAGAUGCGCAUCUGGUGGAGUUGGAUCUGAGUGACAACGCCUUGGGUUCGAUCGGAGCAGAAGGAAUCAAAGUUCUUCUAGAAAGCCCAGUCUGUUUCUCUCUUCAGGAACUAAAACUGAGCAACAAUGACCUCGGGAUCGAGGGAGGCCAGAUUGUUGCAGCUGCUCUUUGGAACUGUCACGUCAAAAGCGUCGAAGCUGGGAGGCCUCUCUCCCUGAAGACUUUCUACGCCGGGAGGAAUAGACUCGGGAAUAGAGGUGCCAUGACGUUCGCUGCUGUUUUCGUGCAAAUAAAAACCCUAGAGGAAGUGGUGAUGCCACAGAAUAGGAUCUAUCAUCAAGGAGUGGCGGCUCUUGCCGAGGCAUUUGAGAUGAAUCCAAAUCUGCAUACGAUCAAUAUCAGCGACAACACGAUCACUCCUAGAGCUGCCAGAUUGCUGAAGGGAGCUCUUGCUAAAUUACCAAAAUUGAAAAGCCUGAAUUUUGGUGAUUGUCUUCUCGGGGACAAAGGAGCUGUGGAACUAUUGGAAGGUCUUCAGGCUCCUCACCCUUACUUAGAAUUGGUGAAGGAAGGCCUUCGUCUUUCAUGCAUGCAAAUGAAGGGUCUUUUGGAGCAGCUCAAAAUAACCAAACUCGAACCUUGCAGCAAUACGACCCUCAACUUUGCAGGUCGAGAGCUUAAGCUCAAAAAGAAAUACGACGCCAGUGAAGACCAUUCAAACUUGGAAUUAUUGGAGCCGAAGGGGAAUUCUGUCAGUGUCGAAACAGCCAAGGGAAUUCGUCAGUCUUGGAGAAAACAUCGAAGUCUUCAGAGAAGCAGAUCGAGGUCCAAGGACAUGUUUACUGGCAUUCUCAAGCAGGAAAUCCCAGACGCAUUGAGAUUCGUUGGUGGGAGUCUUCCAGCUGCAGGAGCCCAGUUGAUCGAGCUGGAUCUGAGUGACAACGUUUUUGGACCCUCUGGAACGAUAGGUCUGAAGAUACUUCUUCAAAGUCCGCUAUGCCAUUCUCUUCAAACGCUUCGGCUCAACAAUAACGAACUCGGGACUCAAGGAGCACAGAUGGUUUCAGACGCCAUUCUCAAGUCCCACGAGGACUGUUGUAAAUUCGGGCAGCCAUUGGCACUCAAGACCUUCAUUUGUGGCAGAAAUCGGCUGAAAAGUGGAGGCGCAGUGGCUCUGGCCAAAGUUUUCAAGGUUUUGGGUUCUCUCAGAGAAGUGUCUUUGCCUCAGAACGAGAUUGAUCAUGAUGGUAUUUAUGCCUUGGCAGAGGCAUUUUCCCAGAACCCCAAUCUCAAGAGCCUCAAUUUGAACGAAAACUCCAUGACUCCUAUGGGUGCCGGGGCCAUGAAAAACGCAUUGUGCAUUCUGCGAAGUCUCCGUAUCCUUGAUCUAGGUGACUGCCAGCUGAAAACAGAGGGGACCAAGUUCAUCGCCGAAGCCUUGGCCACGGGUCACGAGUGCCUAGAGGAAUUGUGUCUGGAUCGCAACGACAUGGAUGCCGAGGGAGCUCUGGCCGUGUUGGAAUCCUUGAAGAUGAACCAGAUGCUAUCCAAACUGAAUCUGGAUGGAAAUCACUUCGGGAAGCUAGGAUGCGAUGCCAUCAGAGAGAAGCUCACUGCAAUGGGGAAGAUUCAGGCACUGCUUGAUAUCAACCAGGACGAGAGUGGCGAUGAUGGAAUCGAGUCGGUUCGCGUCGUUGAGCCAGAGCAGGUAGACGAAUCUUCCUCUCUUCUCUCUUUUCCUGUCUCGCGUUUCGUGGUGGGAUCAUUCCGCCUCGUGUUUCAGGUCAUAGCAGAGGCUUUCUUCUCUCAGCCCUCGGCCUGCAAGUUCGAGAGUCUCGGCGGCGACAAAGUCGGCAUUCUCGGCAGGUACCUGGAUCAACAGAGACAUGAGGUGGAGGACUGGGUGAUCGUUCAGAUCGAAUUCCUCAUCGGGAUGAGUUCCCUCGCAAGCGAGCCCAGCAUUAGGGACGAGGUCGUCCAAUGCAUCCAGCAUCUUCUAGAGCAGAUCAUCAAGUCUCUCGGUCCAAAUCAUCUUCCCCAGUUCACGCAUGCGGUGUUGGUCUUUGCCGGUCUCAUAAAAGUGAGUCCCUGCCUUCCCGUCUCGUUCCUCUCCCGAUGA